GACACUUAAACUUUAGCCGCGGGAGACAAAUGUUGCAACUGAGCCUAUCUAAAACAUCCAAGGAACAGGAGAAACAAUCAAAGUUUGUAAAAGUCGUUGAUGAAACAGUUCCUGUUUUUCACAUGCCAGAGAUUGCUAAUAUGAACAAUGAAGAAGCUCUACUUUUUUUGGCAGAACUUAUAGCUGAUGACAAAACAGAUAAAGAUGGAGAUGAUUCUGCUGAAGUGUCUUUGUGUGAAGUGGAAUCAUUUUUGCCUACAAUGGAAGCCGUCUUUGAAAUCUGUCCUUUAGUCACAAAUGUUGAGCUGAAAGAUGAUCAAGAUUAUGUUCCUUCUGUUCAAGAUGAACAUGAUUCUAUUAUCGCCAAAGAAGAACCUCAUGCGAACAAGACUGUGAAGAGAAAGUUGGUUUUAGAAGAGUCAGUUUUUUGA